AUGAAAUCGUACUAUGUCUCGGUAUAUACGCGGCAGUCCUCGGACGUCAUAUCUUCGAGUAUGGCUCUCCAGGAACAGAUGUUCAGCGGUUGUGGUAACAAGGGCUCCGCCGGCCAUUCAGCUCAGAUGUGCCCUAAUUGUUUACAUACUGUGUUCAUGAAAAAGAAAGGAAAGUAG